AUGUCUAAAUUGUUUUUAAAGGCUCUCGGCCUUUCUGAUAAAACCUUAUCGCAAUCAGUGUUAAAUCUGUUACAAAAUGUCAAUACCGCUACCAUAGAAUUAGGUAUUUCUUCUAUUCACUAUUUAUUAAUUUAUGACGGGUUUGUUUUAGUCGACCACUAUGGAGAUAAAGGAGUUCGGAAAACGAUGGAAGAUGAGUGCAUAGUUUGUGGUUCUUUGAGGUCAAAAUUCCCAGAAGUGCCUGAAGAAUACGAUUUCGGAAUUUGUGGCUUAUUCGAUGGUCACGGUGGUAGGAAAACUGUCGUUUUCGUUAAGGAAAAUCUUCUAAGUGAGAUUGCAUCUCAGUUGGUUUCACAUUCUAACAUGAAGAAGGAUUCUGGUAGUGAAGAGGAAUUUGAAAUUAUCUUUAAAAAGUCGGUCAACGAUGCUUGCCGUCGUUUAGAUUCUAGGAUUGCUAAUGAGGUUCAAGGUUGUACUGAUGGUUGCACCGCUCUUGUUUUAUUUUUUGCAAAGAAAACAGUUUAUAUUUUAAAUUUGGGUGAUUCUGCUUCAUACCUUUGCAAAAAAGUUGAUAGCAUCCUUCACUCAAUACCCCUAAAUGACAUUCACAAACCAUGGUCUCAACGUGAGAAGGCUAGAAUUCAGCACUACCAGGGCACUAUCGAGGGUGGUAGGGUAAACGGACUUCUUGAAGUUACUCGCUCCUUUGGAGACUUACAGCUUAAAAAAUAUGGAGUUUUAUGUGUUGGGACUUUCCGUAAGGUGGAUCUUGAUUUCUCCAAGGACGAGCUCAUUAUACUCGCUUGUGACGGGUUUUGGGGUCUCUUUGACCCUAUCGACGCUUGCAGGAAGACUCUUGACAUGAUUGUGAAGGAGGAGAUGAGGGCUUCUAUAACUCCUCACUUGCCAUUUCCACAACUCAAGAAAGUCUGUAAGGAUCUUGUGGAUGUUGCCAUAAACGUCAGGAGGUCUCAGGAUAACGUGACUGUUAUGGUUCUCAGAUUUAAAAAAAAGAAUUAA